AAUCGAACUUUGGCGGAAGAGCAAUGACAUCGAUCCUGCUGGCCGUCCUAUCCACCAUCUGCACCGGGAUGUCCAACUACGUCAAGGCGAAGCUUCCGUUCAUAGUCGAGGCAGCCAUGGUGGUGCUCUGCUUCGCCUCCAUCGUGGGACGCUACUGCAUAGUGCUCUAGCCCGAAACCAAAAGAUCAGAGAUCGAAAACUCGGGGACUUGUUAUGUGAAUCGGCGGAGCUUUGUGUAUAUAUUUUUAUGUGGAUGUGUCAUGUGUGGCCUUAUGUGAAUACAAACUAGUUGCUUAAAACCUAAA